AUGCGUCUUCUCAACGUCAUUAGCAACCGCAAGAAUGCCCAGGCGGCCGACGCGGUCGCGGGGUUCCCCGAGCGCCAGCCCGGGACCAAGGACGAGGCCGGCGUCUUCGCCGACCAGGCGACGACGAGCGACUCGGACACGCUGAGUCUCGAGGCGCGCAACGAAAAGGAGGUCGAGCUGCACCCGGACCAGGUCACCCGCGGAGCCGAGCUGGGCGUGCAAAAGGCCGAGGCCGCCGCGCUCGUCUGGAGCAGAAAGGCCGUCCUCGCGACCUAUGCGUGGAUCUGGGUCUGCUUCUUCAUGCUCGCUUUCCAGCAGAGCAUCCUGGGCUACGCGUCCUUUGCCGCCUACGCCGACUUCAAGACGGCGCCGGCCAUCACCACGGCGUCGAUCCUGUCCAACAUCAUCGGCGGCGUCCUCAAGCUGCCCAUUGCCAAGACCCUCAACGUCUGGGGCCGCGCCGAGGGCUACCUCGUCUUCCUCGGCGUCUACCUCCUCGGCAUCGUGGUCCUCGCGUCGUGCAACGGGCCCGACGGCUACGCCGCAGGGUACGUCUUGUACUGGAUCGGCUACGACGCCGUGUACAUGAUCCUCGACAUCUUCGUCGCCGACACGUCGGGCCUGCGCAACCGCGCGUUCGCCUUUGGCUUCGUCUCGACGCCCUUUAUCUGCACGGCGUUUACCGGCCCCCUCGCCGCCAAGGCCUACCUCGCAGACAGCACUUGGCGCUGGGCAAUCGGCUCCUUUGCCAUCAUCCAGCCCUUUGUCUUCUUGCCCCUGGCCAUUGUGUUCAAGUUCUACCAACGCAAGGCGGAGAAAAUGGGCAUCUUCAAGCGCGAGGACAGCGGUCGUACGGCCGCGCAGUCCCUCAAGCACUACAUUCAUGAGUUUGACGUUGUCGGCGCGCUGUUGCUCAUCGCCGCGUUUGUCCUCUUCCUGCUCCCCUUCAGCCUGGUGAGCUACAACCGCGCCACCUACGGCAGCGCGACCUUCAUCGCCAUGGUCGUCAUCGGCUUCCUCAUGUUCUUCGUCUUCGUCGCGUGGGAGAAGUGGUUCGCGCGCACCCACUUCAUCCGGUGGGAGCUGCUGCGCCAGCGCACCGUCCUCGGCGCGUGCUUCAUGGCCGCCAUCUCCUUCUUCUCCUUUUACUCGUGGAACCUCAACUUUUACAGCUUCGUCACCGUCGUCUACGACCUCGACGUCUCGCUCGCCGGGUACAUGACGCAGAUCUACAACGUCGGCUCCUGUUUCUGGGGCGUCGUCUUUGGCCUCUGGAUCCGCUGGACCAAGCACUUCAAGUACACGGUCCUGUGCCUCGGCCUGCCUCUCAUGAUGCUCGGGUCCGGCCUCAUGAUCAAGUUCCGCGGCCAGGGGGCGGACAUUGGAUACGUCAUCAUGUGCCAGAUCUUCAUCGCCUUUGGCGGCGGCACCAUCGUCAUUGGCAACGACAUGGCCGUCAUGGCUGCCAGCGAUCGCGAGGGCGUCGCCAUGAUGCUCUCGCUGCUCGGCCUCUUCGCCAGCAUCGGCGGCGCCAUCGGCGACGCUGUCUCCGCGGCCAUCUACCGGGGCACCUUUCCCGAGGGCCUGCGUGAAAGGCUUCCAGCCGACGCCCAGGACCAGUGGUCUGCCCUCUACCUCGGCGGCUACCUCGAGCACCAAAAGUACGCCGUCGGCACCCCCAUCCGUGACGCCAUCAAUUACGCCUGGGGCAACAGCCAAAAGUACGGCGCCAUCUCCGCCACGGCGGUCUUGACCCUGGGCAUCCCUGCCAUUGCUGUGUGGAAAAACUACCGCGUGGACAAGAAGCAGAACAAGGGCACCAUGUUUUGA